GUUUUAUCUAGAAAUAUGUAUAUGUAGGUACUAGCAAUUUCUUGGUCAUAACUUUUCCAAUUAUCAGUUAACUGAAUUUAAGUUAAACGACAUGACACAUUCUGUUAAUUUACUAUUUGUCCUGAUUGCAACAGUUUUUUGUAAUGUACUAGUAGAGCUACCGGAUGGCAAGAUUCAAGGCAAAACUAUAACCACAAGGACGGGUACUCGCUAUGACGCAUAUUUAGGGAUAAGAUAUGCCCAAAACCCUACAGGAGAAUUAAGGUUUCAGCCUCCGAUACCUGUUGAACCCUGGAAUGGUAUUUAUGAUGCUACGACAGAAAAAGGAAUUUGUUAUCAAGUAGUAGGUGACUAUCCUUUUAUUGAGAGGGAGGACUGUCUAAUGUUGAAUGUCUUUAGACCAGCAGCAGAACAAUAUUCAACUGGCAAUCUCGCUGUGAUGGUAUACAUUCACGGAGGCGGUUUCAUCAUAGGAGCUGGUAUCCAGUUAGCGGGGGUAGGCCCAAAGUUUCUUAUGGAAUAUGGAGUCAUUUUGGUAGCAUUUAACUACAGGGUUGGCCCGUUUGGAUUUAUCUCAACUGGUGAUGAUGUAAUCCCCGGUAAUAUGGGAAUGAAAGAUCAAAUCCUUGCUUUAAAAUGGGUCCAGAAAAAUAUUCAAUAUUUCGGUGGAGACCCUAGGAAAGUUACCAUUAUAGGUGAAAGUGCUGGAGCUGCUUCUGUCUCGUAUCUUUUAUUAAGUCCAUUAGCUCAAGGAUUAUUUAGAGCCGCUAUUAUGGAAAGUGGCUCAGCGAUAUCUCCAUGGGCUUACCAACCAGACCAAGUCGAAAUAACAUACAAGACAGCUGCCAUAUUGGAUUCCAAAUUUGAAACAAACAGAAACUCCUCUGAACUUUUGGAAUUUCUUCAAGCGGUUAGUGCCAGAGAGUUGGAUAGAGCAUCCUACAAGCUAUCUCAGCAAUUAGAAAACGCUGCUAAUGUUCAAAUUUCACAAGGAUUCUUCUACGCUCCAGUGCUGGAACAUAAACAUGAGGGUGCCUUUUUAACAGAAUACCAGUAUGGAAGUUUUGAAAAUGGUUCCUUUAUCAGAGUACCUGUGUUUCUUGGUUUGAAUGAUGAGGAAGCUUUAUAUUUUAUGCCAAUGUCCAUAUUCAAUAUCAGCCUUCAAGGGUUCGAUGCCAACUUGAGUUACUUGGUACCACAUGAUAUGCAUAUAAAGAAAUUGAAUAAACUUCAAGAAGUUGGGAAACUCAUUAAGAAAUUCUAUUCGCCAAAUGAUACUUUUACCAGUAAUAGGGCAGCUGGAGUUAGGUAUUUGUCAAAUCAUGAUAUUGACAAAUCGGUUAUUAAACAAGCCGAGCUGCAAGCUCCCUACACCCCUGUGUAUUUGUAUGAGUUUACUUAUCAUGGAAAAAUGGGAAAUAAUAAUAAACAUUUUAAAGGUACUGGAUAUGUUGAACAUGCUGAAGAACAAAACUACUACUUCAGCAAAUUUCUCAGCUUUUCAAUUCCAGACAACACUGACUUGACAAAGUUUCCAAAAGCCGAUGUCAAUGUUCACUAUCGCUUUACGUCAUUGCUUACCAACUUUGUUAAGGAACUAAAUCCUACCCCUCGACCAGAGGAAAUUUUACAAAACGUCACCUGGCCCACAGUGAAACCAGGCAAGUGGAAAUAUCUGGAAAUAGGAAGGGACCUGGUGGUGCAUAAUGGUAUACCAAAAGCCAGAAUGUACAGUUUUUGGACUGAAUUGUAUGGAAUGUAUGCUAAUAAGCCGUAUACAGGAUUUUAAUGGACAAUGUUUUGUCAUAUCCCCAAAAUAAUCAUGAAAAAUUAUUAAAAAAAAAAUCUUUUUAUGAGUUGCUUUUUUUAAUAAACUCUUGCAGAACA